CAGUUGCGCGCCGGGAAGCCAAGAUGUCGUUCCGAAAGUAUAAGCCGGCGGACCUGGCAACUCUGCCCAGUACCCUCGACCCAGCUCAGUACGACGUAUCUCCGGAGACCCGGAAGGCGCAAGCCGAGCGGCUGGCCAUAAGAGCCCGACUGAAACGCGAGUAUCUCCUUCAGUACAACAACCCCAACCGCCGAGGGCACAUCGGUCUCUGGGUAGCCCAAGCUGGUGUCCACCUCUUGGUCCUGUGCACUAGCUGCCUCCACUUCCUGAGUGCCGGGAUUACAGUCAUGUACCACCAUGCGUGGUGCGAGUAUUUUUUUUAUUCAAAUGUCACAACUACUUAAAGAACUAUGUCCUAUUAUUCUCAUUUUGUAGAUAAGAAGAUAACAUGGGAAGAACAGAUAGCUUAUGCAGAUGUAUCCACUAGCAAGUCAUAGAGAUGUAUUUGAGACCUGGUCUGUAUAACCCCCAGCAUCUUUUACUUAGUUGUCUGUACUGUCUUCAACCAGAACUUUGUUACUUGGAAGAAGGUGCAGAA